GCGCGCGCGGCCAAUCAGCGCGCGGGGCCGGCCGCGGGGUGUGUGAGGACGCGCGCCCGCGCCGCCGCCCGCCACACGGGCAGUUGCCGUGGUACCUGCUGCCGCCGCGCGCACGCAGAGCAUCGGAGGCUGCAGCCAUGACGUCGCUCAGUGAAAAUGUCCUUUUUGGCAUGGGAAAUCCACUUCUUGACAUCACUGCUAUAGUAGACAAGGAUUUUCUUGACAAGUAUUCUCUUAAACCAAAUGACCAAAUCUUGGCUGAAGACAAACACAAGGAACUGUUUGAUGAACUUGUAAAAAAAUUCAAAGUCGAAUAUCAUGCUGGAGGCUCUACGCAGAAUUCCAUUAAAGUGGCCCAGUGGAUGAUCCAGCAGCCACACAAAGCUGCCACAUUUUUUGGCUGCAUCGGGACAGAUAAAUUUGGGGAGAUCCUGAAGAAAAAGGCCGCGGAGGCCCACGUGGACGCGCAUUACUAUGAGCAGAAUGAACAGCCCACAGGAACGUGUGCUGCGUGCAUCACGGGCGGCAACCGGUCACUCGUGGCUAACCUUGCAGCUGCCAAUUGUUAUAAGAAGGAAAAACAUCUCGAUAUGGAGAAAAACUGGACGCUGGUAGAAAAGGCUAAAGUUUAUUAUAUCGCAGGAUUUUUUCUUACAGUUUCUCCGGAAUCAGUGUUAAAAGUGGCCCACUAUGCUUCUGAAAAGAACAGAAUCUUUACAUUGAAUUUGUCUGCACCAUUUAUUAGCCAGUUCUACAAAGACUCAUUGAUGAAAGUUUUGCCUUAUGUUGACAUACUUUUUGGAAAUGAGACGGAAGCUGCCACUUUUGCUAGAGAGCAGGGCUUUGAGACUGAUGACAUUAAAGAGAUAGCCAAAAAGGCCCAAGCGCUGCCAAAAGUGAACUCCAAGAGGCAACGAAUCGUGGUUUUUACCCAAGGGAAGGACGAAACUAUCAUGGCUACAGAAAGUGAAGUCACCACUUUUGCAGUCUUGGAGCAGGACCAGAAAGAAAUCGUUGAUACCAAUGGCGCUGGAGAUGCAUUUGUUGGAGGUUUUCUGUCUCAGCUCGUCUCUGAAAAGCCCCUGACUGAAUGUGUCCGUGCUGGCCACUACGCAGCAAGUGUCAUAAUCAAGAGAACUGGCUGUACCUUCCCCGAGAAGCCAGACUUCCGCUGACGGGAAGCAGGAGUCCGACCCCGGGAGGACAAACACUGCCCUGACCGCAUCCCAAGAACUCCCACAUCAGUCAAGAAGAAAAUCAUCUGCCAUCUUUUCCGACUCUGAUAAUGUUCAUUCUUAAUUUAGAUGGUCCAGCAAUGCUCAGUAGAAUCUUUACUCUCCUAAAUAACCUACGAAAAUGAUGCUUAUUUCCGUAGUUGGAUAGUGCUGCUUAAAUGUCAAUUAAACAGGAAUCUAUAACAUUUCAAUUGAAAUUUUGAUUUCAUUUUCAAUUGCUUUUAAAAUAUAUGUGUAUUUAGCAAACUAAUCAUUUUUUACAUUUCUGCUUUGAAUGCAGAUGCCAUUUAAUAUAAUAGCUUUUUUAAAAAGGAAUUAAUCCUAGUACAUCAAUCUCUAGCUUUUUAUAUAAGUAUAUUUAAUUUAGGAGUAUGUGUAUGUAUGUACCACAUAUAUACAUGAUGAAUGGUCAAAUAACAGAAAUAAUUAUCUUGCCAAAUAAUCUCUUCUGUGUGUACUUGAGUGUAAUCAACUUUGAGAAUAAUUAAUUUGCCAAAGUUUGAGUUCUGUUAUAAUACUCAAAUCAUAAUCUUAUAUUUACAAUGGUACUCUGUAAUUUGAUACAAAUAAAUAAAAACUUAUCAGCUGGGAA